AUGGGUUUGGAGAUGAGGGCGAUUGUCGUGUGCUUUGGCAGUCUCAGAGGCUCUCCCUAUAGAGAAACUCCUUUGGGCCAUUUUGAAAGCUAUGGAGGGACCCCCUUUUUCCAGGCUCAGAAGAUGUUUAUAGAUGUACCAGAAAAUACAGUGAUACUGGAUGAGAUGACCCUCCGGCACAUGGUUCAGGAUUGCACCGCUGUAAAAACUCAGUUACUCAAACUGAAACGGCUGCUGCAUCAGCAUGAUGAAAGUGGUUCAUUGCAUGAUGUUCAACUCUCCUUGUCAUCUAGUCCAGAACCAGAAGAUGGUGAUCAAAUAUACAAGAAUGAAGAUUUAUUAAAUGAAAUAAAACAACUUAAAGAUGAAAUAAAGAAAAAAGAUGAAAAAAUCCAACUAUUAGAACAUCAGCUUGCAACUCGGUGUAACUGCCAUCAAAAAUCUAAAGAGGAAAAAUGCACAUAUGCUGAUAAAUAUACCCAAACACCCUGGAGAAGAUUUCCUCCUCAAGUACUACAGCCUUCCAGCAGCCUUCCCAGACCCACAGACCACGCCCAGGGAAAACUAGCAAAGCCACAACAUACCGAGGCCCACAGUGAGUGCAUAAUCCAGGGCAUACAUCAGGCUGUUGCACCUCUGGAUGAAAGCUUUACACACGGCUUGCAACAAGAAAGCAGCAGUGGUCUGGAAGACCGGCCUUUUUCAUCAAGCCCACAAUUCACUAAGGAUGUGGUGAAGAGUACACCUUCUGAAGCAGACUUGAACAUGACCAUGAAUGCUCAAGAGCCUUAUCAUUUGGCAAAUAAUCAAAUUAGUGACAUGCAAUUUGUAACCACUUCUCUUCAGACACUUCCCCAGUCAAGUAUAGUAGACCAGGCUAAGAGAGUUGGAAGAAAUCAGUCUUCACCAGAGGGCUACACAUCUCAGCCCAAGUCCUUGAAGCUUUUUAAGCCAUCCAUCUUGAAUUCUGUGGUACCUCCUCCAGUUCCUGAAACAUGUCCAAGUGGGAAUCCCACUUGUAAGAAGUCACCAAUAAUCACACCAUGUAAUUCUGCAAAACUCCAGCCAACAUCUAGUCAAACACAUCUUGCAAAUAAUCCAAAUCCAAAAGCAUCUAAGCUCCGCCCCCCUGCUGGCUCUUUCAAACAAAAACAAAUAAGCAGCCCCCGACUAGAGCCUCAAAACUUCCAGGCCAAGACAAGCAUUCCAAGGCCACUAACAAGAAGAAAAGAAAUCAUGCAGAAUCCUAAUGACAAUUUGAAUUCUGGGGAUUGUUUGGCCUCUAAUCAAUAUUCUCGUCUUCCUAAACCAAAGAUACAUUAAGCAUAGCCACCGCCUGCCAAUUUGUUUUUUUAAAAAACAGUCUGUAAUAGCUUUAUGUGCAGUUUGCUACUGUGAUGGAGGUUCCAUUGAAAGCUUGCAAAUCUAAAAAUUAAAAUGUGGAAGCUUCU